ACAAGAAGACGCCUCACAGGAAGGAAACAACUCAAACGAUGUAACAAUGUCAAUACGGAAGUUGAUAGGUAUUAUAUGCAUGAAGAUUGAAAAACAAUCAUGUUAAAUGGCAGCGCGAUGGCGGGGGGUGAUGGAGAGGAGCGGGAAUCGGAGGAGCGAGUAUGGAAGUGGACCCCGCAUCAGCCGAACACUGCGCCGAGCCCUUCAUGCAGGUUGCUGAAGCUCGAGCUGGAGCUCAACGCGCACCUCCGUGGGCUCAGCUUCGGAGAGCCCGUCCGCUAUGUGUACAACCCACUGGAGUACGCGUGGGAGACGCACAGCUGCUACGUGGAAAAGUACUGCCAGACGGGCCAGAGCUUCUUGUUUUUAGGCAUGAAUCCUGGACCUUUCGGCAUGGCCCAGACGGGGGUUCCCUUUGGCGAAGUGAACUCAGUAGUUGAUUGGCUGAAGAUCACGGGGGCGGUCGGUCGCCCUGACGACGAGCAUCCAAAGCGUCGCAUUAGCGGCCUGGCCUGCACUCAGAGCGAAGUGAGCGGCGCCCGCUUCUGGGGCUUCUUCAGAAAGUUGUGUGGCGAACCGGCGGCAUUCUUCCGCCACUGUUUCGUGCACAACCUUUGCCCUCUCAUUUUCAUGAGCAGCAGCGGGAAGAACCUAACCCCACCUGAGCUCAACGCCCGUGAGCGUGAGGAGCUCCUCCGCCUGUGUGACAUCGCCCUGUGCCAAGCCGUGGAGGCCUUGGGUGUCUCCAUGGUGAUCGGUGUGGGCAGGGUGGCGGAGCAGCGGGCACGUCGCGCUCUUUCCGCAGCUGGUAUGGACGUGCGAGUGGAGGGCAUCAUGCAUCCUUCGCCCAGGAACCCUCUGGCCAAUAAGGGCUGGGACAGUGUGGCUAAAGCGAAGCUAGCACAACUGGGCGUCCUCCCGUUGCUUAGUAAUAACACAUGGCCAGAAUCCUCCCACACUCAGGAAAGUUUAUAACAGGAAAAUCCACCCAUCUGUUUUCUGUGGUCCUUUUCCCUAUUAGGGUUACAGGUGAGCUGGAGCCUAUCCCAUCUAAUUUUGGGUAAGAGGCGAGGUACACCCUGGACGUGCCGCCGGCACGUGGAGACAAACAACCAUUCACGCUCACAGUCACACUUAAGGACAGUUCUAAAACGUAAAUUAACCUAACGUGCGGGUUUUUGGAAUGUAGGAGGAAGCCGGAAUACCAAGAGCUCAGAAGUGUGUAAGUCAAUGUACUUGUGCCUUUCACACCUGUCUGUAUUGAUUUAGGACAAACUGUUCUGUUGUUUAUUACUUUAUUUAUUUAUUUUUUACUGAUGUACACCAAGUGGACACUACAGUAUGGUCAGGUUGGAGGUUUUUGUUACAGGCAAAACUAUAUGUUAUUUAGUUUGUUUUGUCCAUUUACAUUGUAUUGUUCUACAAUGAUUUGUUUUGCAUCUUAGAAUUACUACUUCUGUAUAGUUAAAUGUCUUCUUGUAUUUGUUACAAAUGUAAUGGUUAUGGUGUUCUGUAUAUUUAUAUCCAUUCACUUCAUGAUUGAUCAGAUCUUUUUCUUGACUGUUUUCUAAUCCCAUGUCAUUACAAUUCCAUGUAUUAUUUAUCUUUAUUACAAAAUGGAAAACCAAAUUUGUAGAACUGUUAAAAAACUAUACAUUGAAUUAAUGGCAGAUUUGAAUUUCUCCUUGGCAUCAAGAAAGGAUAAUUUCCCUUUCUUAUAUAUUAAAUUCUAAUUGACAAUGUUGACAUUAUCUGUUUGAAAUCACGUUACUGUACUUUGUGGAUAAUUGUGAAACAAACAAACAAACAAAAAAUAAAGAUGA